UGUGUGUGUGUGUGUGUGUGUAUACAGAGAAAGAGAGAGAGAGAGAGAUGUACUAUAUUUCCUAUCUCUAUAGUUUUCUUUCCUAUCUCUAUGGUGCUUUUCCCCCCUCCCAGGCGCGUCCCGAUGACGCCAUCAAGAGGGCGCCGGCAAGCGUCGUGGUGGGGAGUAGCUUUUGACUCUUCCCGCGCUGAGUCCUUUCCUAACGGCCGUGCCGGUCUUCCUCCGCCAAUCGGUCUCGUUCGCUCCGUCUCCUGAUGGCCGCCGUGGAGACGCCGACCCCGGCGGGCCCUGCCUCCCGCAAACGGCGGCCCAAAGCGCAGUACAUGCAGGCGGCCAAGCGGGCUCGGCCGGGCGGAUCGCGGCAGCUGGAGCCUGGCAUGUGCGGCAUACUCAUCACCUGCAACAUGAACGAGCGCAAGUGCGUGGCCGAAGCCUACAGCCUGCUGGGCGAAUAUGGCGAGCAGCUGUACGGGCCUGAGCAGUUUGCAGAUCAAGAUGAGGGCAGACUGUCAGGAAAUGAGGAGGAGGAGGAUGACGAUGUUGAAGCUGCUUUGAAAAAAGAAGUGGAUCAGAUUCGCACUUCCACGGAGCAGAAGCUGCGACGGUUCCAGUCGGUGGAGAGUGGUGCCAACAAUGUGGUUUUCAUUAGGACCCUGGGUGUAGAGCCUGAGAAGCUGGUGCAUCACAUCUUGAGGGACAUGCAUGCCACCAAAAAGAAGAAGACCCGGGUCAUCCUGCGCAUGUUGCCUGUUUCGGGCACCUGCAAAGCUUUCCUUGAGGACAUGAAACAAUAUUCAGAGACCUUCUUUGAGCCUUGGUUUAAAAGUCCCCAGAAGGGCACAUUUCAGAUUGUUUACAAGGCUCGAAAUAACAGCCACCUGAGCCGGGAAGAAGUCAUCAAAGAACUGGCAGGAGUAGUUGGCCAUCUCAAUCCAGAAAACAAAGUUGAUCUGAGCAACCCCGAGUUCACCAUUGUGGUGGAGAUCAUAAAGAACAUCUGCUGCUUGAGCGUGGUGAAGGACUACAUUCUGUUCCGGAAGUACAACCUCCAGGAGGUGGUGAAGAGCAAGGAAGGGGAAGGGCAGCAGGAGGCUUCAAAAGCAUCACAAGAUGGUGGCCUGGAUGGAGCAAAACCACCCGAGGAGAAGACGGAAAACAAAAAUGAGUGUGAAGAGGAGACUGAGGCAGCAAAGCCCAGCGACAAUCAUAAGGACUAGAAUCAUUAAUGAAACCUGCUAGGGGAAGAGACCAUGGAGGAAGGCUGAUUGUUAUGUCAAUGGAUUGGGGUGUGUGCGUGCGUGUAUUUUAAUUGCCUUUUAUAACUCUAUGGCCCAGUUUAGGCAUCUUGGCCAAACCGCAGUUUCAGGGCUGCGGCUUCUAAUAAGAUAGCUCCCUUCUUCUCCUGGUAUGCUCCAGUUUAUUCCCUUGGUUCCUAGGCUCCCGUAACAGUACCUUGGUGUCCUUUCUCAGUGUGUGCAAACUGGUGGCUACAGCAAACCGUAGUUUGCCCCCAAAUCUGAAUUUGAAACCAUGGUUUGAAAUGGGCUUCCAGUUCCGGAGAGGGAGUUGGAGCUGACGGGAGGAGCUGAGAGCUGGUGAUCUUAAGGCCAAACCCUGACAGCCAAAGCUUGCUUUGGCCAUGACAUCUGAACCAAACCUCUACUCCCAGUACAAAUUAAGUGAGUCACAAAGUUCCAGUGAGAUCAGUGGGUGGUAUUCAGUGCUAGUCCUACUCAGAGUAGACCCAUUGAAAUUAAUAGGCAUGACUAAUUUAGGUUCAUUAAUUUCAGUGGGUCUACUGUGACCAGGACUUAGAUAAACACAACUCAGUGAAAUUGAAAACACACCAAGACUCGUGCGCCUUUUGCUUUUGAUAGGAUUUUGGCCUAAACAUCUCUGGAUCACAGAGUCUCUGUUAACCGUGACACUUAAAACAACCUGUUUCUCAUUUGCUAUUGGAGUUGGUGUUAAACUCCAGCCACAUGCAACAUGUAUAGUUCUUCUCAGCCAAAUAACAUUUUAUCUCUGCUGGUUUUGCACAUGGGCUGAUCCAUGCUUCAGAUUUCUGAAUGAUGAUGAGCCCAGAGUUCAUUCAAAACCAGGAGCUGGAACAAAUGCUUUCUAAAAUCAUACCCGUGUGUAGUUUGCAGAGGAGUAGCUUUUUUAAUGAUUUCAUUUUUACAAGAUUACAUGCAAGUUUUGUGCUAUAAACUUGUCAGAAUACUGUCUGUGUAUUGGCAUGGAUUUAUCAGCAACUAGAUGAAGGAUGGGGACCCUCUGGCCCUUCAGCGACUGCUGAACUACAAACUCCCAUCAUCCCUGACUGUUGGCAUCCUGCCCGGGGCUGAUAGAAGCUGGAGGGCCAUAGGUUCCUCAUCCCUAAAAUGGCUUUGCAGAGCCCAUUCUUCUAAUAUUGCAGGGCAGCUUGUAUUGCCUUCCCGUACCGCACACUGCAGUAUUUUCGGAAUACAUUUCCCCCUCAAACUAUGUUCUGAAAUGCAUUGCAGAGAUUGGGAGGAAUCCUUUGGGAAUUGUUUCCACAGGCCAUGUGGGCAAAGUUUGGCCUGCUGGGCUGUAUUGGCCAGUAGCUUCCUUGGUACCAGACCAACACAGUUCUCAAAAGCUCUGCCAGCUGGUGCAUCGGGCCCUUCUGCCAGGCCUGGAUGGUUCAAGCAUCCUUGUGAAUGGGCCCACUUUCAGGGUCAGCUAAGGUGAGCUUUUUCCAGGAGGAUGUUGCCCCACUCUGGCUUAACUGGGUACGACCGCAUUUCCUGAACCAAACGCUUUUGCGGAGGUAUAUGAAAAAAAGAAGAGGAUAGGCGGGCAGCUCCCUCAAAAACAGCACCCCACCACUCUGGAUUUUAAUGAGUGAAGGUCAUGUCUAUGAAAAGCUCUUCUGUUCAACUGUAGGCCUGGGUUUCAGGACACUGCCUCCUAACAACCCCAGCCAGCAUGGCUUAUGAUCGGGGUUGAUGGAAGUUGUAGUCAGACAGCAUCUGGAAGGGCACAGGCCGCUCCCCGGCUAAAGAAUACAGGCUACUCCCAAAUUACUCCUUUUUAGUUCCCCAAGUGGUGUGGAAAGCUGUAGCCAUUGCCCGCUCUUUAACUCUUGCCAGGCAAGACAGCCAACCAGGGGUAGUGUGGGGGAAAGAGCCACGUAAACGUUCUGUGUUCAUGAGCCAAGAGCUACUCCACGGUGCUCUGAGUGGUUUCUGUGUUUGCUUACUAUUACAAGUAGAGAUGGGAGGUUUAAGGGGAAACCCUGCAUGCCUCCCGUCCCCCAUUUAGACAGCUCUGACCCAGAAUUCUAGCCCAUCAGGGGAAGGAGAACCUCUGCAUUCCUUUCCUGGGCCAGGAAGUUUGUCAACCAUUUCCUCGCUACUGUUCUGACCCCAUAAAAAUGGGAAGAGGCAGCUCUCUGAUGCUUGUAUUCCAGACAGGAAGCAGUUUCGGGAUGCUUGUUCCCUGUGCAACAAAAGCUUUAUGGGAGCAAUUGAGCGUGAGGAACUAGGAAAUUGCAUCAGUUUUGCUCAGUUGGGGAGGCAAUUAUUGGUUGCCCAGGGAAAUGACUAAAUCAUCCUUGAGUGAGACAGUAGUGCAUUAGCAAGGCCUACUAAGCAGCUGCAAAUAUUUUUUUUUCAUGUUGUAUGGGUUUGGGAGGAGAUCUUUUAAAAUUUGGCGUCACAGUCUCAGAUUUUAAAUUUUGUUUUAAACAAGCUGCCUGCAUGAGUUUGGCUUUAGUUUUGCUUUGGAGCUUUUGGGGAAAAAAUCCUUGUGGGAAAACGUCUUAAGAUAGGGUAAAAAAUAAUUCUGUUUUGUAUGUAGUCUUGUUUUUGUACAUUUUUUAUUAAACUGAUUUUGUUUCAGUUUGAAA